AUGGCCUUCCUUCUCCUCUUUCUCUCUCUUCUCCAGCUGGCGACGGCUCAUUUUCACGUCGACUACCCCUACUGGCGAGGAAACUCGUUCAAGACCCAAUGGGAAAGGCCCUGCGGCGGCGUCAAUGUAACCACCAAUCGCACUGAAUGGCCCCUUGACGGAGGCUCACUCCUUUUUGCACCCUCCCACCCGUGGGCGAUCACAUAUGUCAAUCUCGGUCUUGGAAGCGACGACACCGUCAUCUUCAAUAUCUCCCUCGUCGAAGCGUUCAACCAGACUGGCAACGGAACACUCUGCUUCCCGAAAAUCACGAUUCCAGAGGGCACGCCGAUAUCCGCAGGGACCAACGCCAGUAUCCAGGUGAUUCAGCUAAGCGAAUUAGGAUCUGCUCUGUAUAACGUAUGA